GCCUGACUCAAGCUAUUACAGUCUAACAGUGACCAAUAGAAAGAGAAGAAGAUCCAAGAAAGCUGAGGACAGGAAGCAAACACAGUGGUGAGUAGCCAAAGGCUGUGAAUUUACAGUGAUUUCUAACUGGCUUCAGAUAAAACCAGGAACUUGACUAACAAGGAAAACAAUGACUCUAAAAGUCUGUACAAGCCUUUUGCUCUUAUUCUUGAUCAAUUCUGUGUCAACUCGAACUGUGAGACAAGUUUAUGAUGAGCUGGAUCCUGAGCAUUGGUCUCACUACACUUUUGAGUGUCCACGAGAGUGCUUUUGUCCUCCUAGUUUCCCCAAUGCAUUAUACUGUGAUAACAAAGGACUUAAAGAAAUACCUGCAAUCCCAGCAAGAAUUUGGUACCUCUAUCUUCAAAACAAUCUAAUUGAAACAGUUUCAGAGAAGCCUUUUGAGAAUGCCACUCAUCUGAGAUGGAUAAAUCUGAACAAGAAUAAGAUCACCAACAGUGGAAUUGAAAGUGGUGUGCUGAGCAAGCUGAAAAGGCUGCUUUAUUUGUUCCUUGAAGAUAAUGAAUUGGAAGAGGUGCCUGCCCCAUUACCAGUGGGUCUGGAACAGCUAAGACUGGCUAGAAACAAAAUCUCCAGAAUCCCAGAAGGAGUCUUUAGCAACUUGGAAAACCUUACUAUGUUAGAUCUGCACCAGAACAGUUUGUUGGACAGCGCUCUUCAAAGUGACACCUUCCAAGGACUCAACAGUCUUAUGCAACUCAACAUAGCAAAAAAUUCACUCAAAAAAAUGCCUUUAAGCAUUCCAGCUAACACACUGCAACUGUUUUUGGACAACAACUCAAUUGAAGUGAUACCAGAAAACUACUUCAGUGCAAUACCCAAAGUGACUUUCCUUAGGCUGAACUACAAUAAAUUAUCUGAUGACGGUAUUCCCCCAAAUGGGUUUAAUGUUUCAUCUAUUCUAGAUCUACAGCUGUCUCACAACCAGCUCACUAAAAUUCCACCAAUCAAUGCUCACCUUGAGCACCUUCACCUUGAUCACAACAGAAUCAAAAAUGUCAAUGCUACUCAAAUAUGUCCAGUUUCAAUUGCUGUAGCAGAAGACUAUGGUUUUUACGGCAAUACCCCUCGGCUCCGAUACCUUCGCCUGGAUGGAAAUGAAAUUCAACCUCCAAUCCCAUUGGACAUCAUGAUAUGUUUCCGACUACUUCAAGCUGUUGUCAUAUAAAGAUAUCACAGUGUUGCUCUUGUGCUGUGAGAGCGCUAAGAUACAAGUUUUGCUGGAAUGAAACUUGUUCUAACUCAUAAAUCAAGAAGUAACAGCUUUAUUUUGACUUUAAUUUUUUCUUUGCUUGCAUUUUUUAUACAGCUGAAAAGAUUGUUCUUCUUUCAGAAGAGAUUUUGGAUGGAUGUGAAACGUAUGCUUAACACUUUACCUAAGAAUGCCUAAUGCAAAUGUACUGAAAAUAAUCUUUGUAAGAUCCCAAAUAUUCUUGAAACAAAUUCUUGUCUACUCCAUCUUUCUGGUCAAAUGCUCCAAUGUCUAUCCUGUUAACAUCAUUGCUACAAACAAACUAUAUUUCCUUAUUUUAUUACAUAGUAACUCACACAGUGAAUUUGGGUGCACUUGGCUAAAUAUAUGUGCUAGAAUAAUAAUGAGUCGCAUGACUACUAUUUAUCAGAACUGCCCCACUGCCUUUUUUAAGAUAGUGUCUAAUGGUGAACAACCACUUAACAUGUAAAUAGCUCAUAAAUUGCUAUCAUCCUUUCAAG